AUGGCCACUCUUUAUUUAUAUGCUGUAACAUACUUGAGUAUUUCUUCUAUUACUCAUAAGUACCUAAUUGUUGGACAUACCCAGAACGAAGGGGAUUCUGUCCAUUCAGUCAUAGAAAAACAAAAAACAAGAUUAUUAAAAGCAGGUUCUAUUUACUCUCCUCAACAAUGGGUAACUGUUAUUCAAUCAGAAAAAAAAACAGGAAAGCCUUUUAGAGUCCAUGAAUUAAACUAUCAACAUUUUAUUGAUUUCAAGAAAUUGACAUCUAAUAUGGGAAACAAUUUUAACAAGAAUAUAUUAGGACAAAAAGUUGUUUGGAAAGAUGUAAAAGUAUUGAAAGUUUCUAAAGAACAUCCUGAUAGACUUUUUUAUAAAACAUCAUAUGAAGAGAAGGAUUUUGGUGAAAUAAUAGUGAUGAACAAAACAAGAAAUGCCAAAAGAAAAAGUUGUGAUUUAGAGUUAAGUAAACUCUACACUGAACCACCAGGUAUUUCAAAAGAAAAAAAAAAAGACCUAAUUCAUCUUUGUGAAAGUAAAUUGAUUCCUGAAAACUAUCAUUAUUUUUUCGAAAAUUUGAAAGUAUCAAAUUCCUGUGUUGCUGAAGUCAAUGACGAGAACAGUGAUUAG